AUGAACGCCGGCGUCGCGCCAGGCAUGUUCCAGCUCGCCUCUCCGCCGCCGCCGCGCGUAUUUCAGCCGUCGCUUCCUCCACCAUACCGCACCCUGGCGUCCCAUUUACUGCGCCUGCUGCACGACUUCUCGCCGGCCAUCGACACGGAGUACCCGGGCAGCGACGGCCGUCCGCUCGAGCUCGCGAGGGAGGUGACCUUCUCGGACUUCGACGCACGCCGCGACCGCCACGCCCCUGAGUCCGUCGCGUUCCUGCCGUCACAGGGCGUCGACUUCGACCAGGCGCGCAAGCGCGGCGUGAGCUCCGCGGCGUUCGCGGCCAAGCUCGCCGCCGUCCUGUCAGCACAGCAGCAGCGGCAGCGGGACGGCGAGCUGACGUGGGCGGCGUUCGGCGGCGCGCACGACUUCACGUACAUGGUAAAGAUGCUCGCCGGCGGACGGCCGCUUCCGGGCACCUGGCACGAGUUCGUGGCGCAGGCGAGGGACCUCCUCGGCGGCCGACUUUUCGACGCCAAGUACAUGGCGGAGCACUGCGAGCGGGCGGACCUGUGCGGCAGCGGCGGUCUGAGGCGCGUGGCCGACAGCCUCUGCGCGCAGAGGAAUUUCCUGGAGCCGCCAGCGUGCCUUGCUGGCCGGUAG